AUUGCAAGAGUUGUACACCAAAAAUAUCACACAAUGGCAACAAUAGCUGGUGUGAGCCUUUCAACUCCUAGACUCUUGGCCAAGGCAUCAGACUCCCCAAAAGCCCACACCCUUAAGUCCCCAUGGCUGAACCACCCGUGGAAGCGGUCCGACCAACUGGGGGUGGUGGGCCGCAUGUACGUCCGACCCGUGGCUGCAGCACCGGAGGGCCUGUCAGAGAAGGUGGCUGAGAGCAUUAAGGCUGCAGAAGAAGCUUGUUCUGGCGACCCGGUUAGCGGAGAGUGCGUUGCGGCAUGGGAUGAGGUGGAAGAGCUGAGUGCAGCGCGUAGCCAUGCUAAGAACAAGCAGAAGGACUCGGACGCGUUGGAGGAUUACUGCAAAGAUAACCCAGAGGCUGAUGAGUGUCGCACUUAUGAUAAUUGAACGUGGUCACGCUGUAACACAUAAAAACUUGCUAAACCGUUGGUUAUAAUGAAUUAAGUUGGACAUGUCCAUUUCAGCAUAUACCAUACUCUACUUAAAUUAGUGAUUUAUAUUGUCAAUUUAGGCUUGUUACCCGAUGACACUCCUAUACUUUCAUGUUCUGUUUGAUUAUUUAUCAUAUCUCAUGAUUUCUUCAUUUCUUGUUUGAAUGAUGAAUUUUGGGAUUAUUGUGUUUUGAAUUUGAUAACAAUCUCCUUAUUACAUCACCAUAGGGAGGAAAGGAGACUCCAAAUUGUUAAAAACUUUUCAUUUUUUUUAUAAC